AACUCCUAAAGCACGAGAGUUUAUUAUACAGGGAGAGAAAAAGGAGAAGGAAAAGAAAACGAAAAACAGAACGAGUCGCCAGGUCGAUUGACAAAAACUGAAAAGUCAUUUUUUUUCAUUUCAUCCUGAAACCUAGAUCUGUUUCGUGGAUGAGUUUCUGAUUCACAUUUUAAAUUCGGGGAUUUGGAUCUUCAAAUCUUUCCCUUCUCUUAAAUUGGGGGAUCUCUAAAUAGAAAACUCUCGAUCCACUGGAUCAGAGAUGCCGGUGUCUGCUUCAGCUAUCUAUUUCUUAAAUCUUCGUGGAGACGUUCUUAUCAAUCGUUUAUACCGUGAUGAUGUCGGUGGAAAUAUGGUGGAUGCAUUCCGCACGCAUAUAAUGCAGACAAAGGAGCUUGGUACAUGCCCUGUUCGGCAGAUUGGGGGUUGCUCUUUCUUUUACAUGAGAAUCAGCAAUGUGUACAUUGUGAUUGUCGUCAGCAGUAAUGCAAAUGUUGCUUGUGCAUUUAAGUUCGUUGUUGAGGCUGUUGCGCUGUUCAAAUCCUAUUUUGGUGGUGCUUUUGAUGAAGAUGCCAUUCGUAAUAACUUCGUUCUGAUAUAUGAGCUUUUAGAUGAAAUCAUGGACUUUGGCUACCCCCAAAACCUUUCUCCUGAAAUUCUGAAGCUGUACAUCACUCAGGAAGGAGUCCGGUCACCAUUCUCAUCCAAGCCUACAGAUAAACCAGUCCCAAAUGCAACUCUACAAGUUACAGGUGCCGUUGGCUGGCGAAGAGAAGGCCUCGUGUAUAAGAAAAACGAGGUGUUUUUGGAUAUCGUGGAAAGUGUGAAUCUUCUUAUGUCCUCGAAAGGCAGUGUUUUGCGUUGCGACGUGACUGGGAAAAUUCUCAUGAAAUGCUUCCUCUCUGGUAUGCCUGACCUGAAGUUGGGCCUGAAUGAUAAAAUCGGACUUGAAAAAGAAUCACAGCUUAAAUCCCGGCCUACCAAAAGUGGGAAGACCAUUGAGCUUGAUGACGUUACCUUUCACCAAUGUGUAAACCUGACGAGGUUCAACUCGGAAAAGACUGUUAGCUUUGUGCCACCUGAUGGUGAAUUUGAGCUUAUGAAGUACCGUAUUACAGAGGGUGUAAACCUUCCAUUUCGGGUAUUGCCAACUAUCAAGGAGCUUGGUAGGACACGGAUGGAAGUAAAUGUUAAGGUGAAGAGUGUCUUUGGAGCAAAAAUGUUUGCACUUGGAGUUGUCAUCAAGAUCCCAGUACCAAAGCAAACAGCUAAGACAAGUUUCCAAGUAACAACUGGUCGAGCGAAGUACAAUGCCUCUAUUGAUUGUUUAGUCUGGAAGAUCAGGAAAUUCCCCGGACAAACUGAACCAACUUUGAGUGCAGAAGUCGAGUUGAUUUCCACAAUGGCCGAAAAGAAAUCCUGGACAAGACCACCAAUCCAAAUGGAAUUUCAGGUUCCAAUGUUUACCGCGUCAGGUUUACGAGUCCGUUUCCUCAAGGUAUGGGAGAAAAGCGGGUAUAACACUGUUGAGUGGGUCCGCUACAUUACUAAAGCUGGGUCAUAUGAGAUUAGAUGCUAGAAAUGUAAUUGAGGCUGUUAAUUUGAUUAUGUUCAUGGAGAUAUGUACACAUUUCUAAGCCAUUGCAGUCCAGUUGUUGCUCUUGUACCCGCUCUAAAUAUGCAUGUUAUAUGCUUUUUUCCUUUUCCCUUUUUGUAUUAUUAUUUUUUAGAAAUUACUUGUUUUUUAUACUUGUGUUUUGUUUUUGUGGGGUGGGGUUGGCCGGGGGCAGUUGGAGUUACUUUGUCAAUAUAACAUUCAGUGGAAUCAUAGUGUGUACUUUGGUGUUAUGUAAAUCUAAGGCCUUGGCUGGUCCUUUGCACUAUAAAUGUCCCUCUUUUUCUUCAAA